AUGGGCGCUUUUAUGAGGCGGCGGAACGCUCCUGGGGCAGCGCCGCUCGCUCGACGGGCGGCUCCCAGCACAUGCUCGCCGUGGGCCGCGUGCCCCGCUCGCCGCUCCCGGUGCCCCCCAGGGCCGCUCCUGGUGCCCGCGGGGCCGCUCCCGCCGCGCCGAGGGCCCGGCCCGGUGCCCGCGGGGCCGCUCCCGGUGCCCCCGGGGCCGCUCCCUCUGCGUCUCCCUCAGAGCCACCAUGGCCACGCCCCCCCCCGCCGCGCCGCCAUUGGCCGGGGGGGGCGCGCUCGGCCGGCGCCGAUUGGCUGCCGGGAGCGGCGGGGCGGGGCGAGGCGGCGGCGCCACGCGAGGCGGAGAGCGCGAGGGCGGCCUCGGGCCACUUCCCCGGUCACUUCCCCGGUCACUGCCGGCCUCGGGAUCGUCCCCACGCACACGCCCCGUGGCCUCCGGCGCUGUCCCGCGCCCGCCCACCCUCCCUCCCUCGGCAGGCCACCCAUGGGCUCUGUGCCAGCGCCCCCGCCGCUGCGGUACCGCAGCACCCGCCUGCUGCGCACGGCUUUCCAGCUCCUCCACCAGCAGCAGCAGCGGGCGGACGUGUUCUGCGACGUGGUGCUGCGGGCCGAGGGCGAGGCGGUGGUGGCCCACUGCAGCGUCCUCUCCGUCUGCAGCCCUUUCUUCAUGGAGCAGCUGGGCCCGGAGCUGCCCCCUCGGGGCUGCAGGGUGGUGCUGGAGCUGGCGGGGCUGAAGAUCGGGGUGCUGCGCAAGCUCGUGCGCUUCUUCUACACGGCCGAGCUGGAGGUGGCGCAGGAAGAGCUGCAGGAGGUGCUGGCGGCCGCCCGGCGCCUCCGCAUCACCGAGCUGGAGGCGCUGCAGCUCCAGGGGGGACGCCUGGUGAGGCUGGGACCCCAGCGGCAGCUCAACCGCUCCUGCCUGUGCUCCCCACAGCAGGGCUCCCCCACCACGCUGCUCCACAGGGCUGUGCCCAGCGGUGCCAGCAUCCCCCCUGGGAGCACCGGGGUGUCCCCCCAGGGGCAGCCAUGCUCUCUGGGGCCCACACACCUCAGCCCCAUCAGGCGGGUGAGGCUGCGGAAGGUGGAGAGCAGGGGGUGCUGGGAGGUGGUGCAGGACACGCAGCCCCCGCCCGCCUCUCCCACAGUGCCAGUGGGCCAUGUGGGGGUGAUGGGAGCACAGGCCCCCCCGGAUGCAGGUGAACUGGGAAGUGGGCAGUCCCCGCCCCGGCAGAGCUCCUGUGCAGCCUGGAGGCAGGAGGGUGGGGAGCCCCCUGCACCCCAGCAGUGCUGUGGGCAGGCGUUCCCUGGAGGAGACCCCGAGAAGGAGGAGGAGGUGGAUGUGGGCACAGUGGAGCCGUUCCUGCCCGCAGGCACAGUCUGCCUCUGGCCCUGCCCCUCCUCCGAGUCAGAUGAGGAGGUGGAUGUCCUCACCUAGGGCUGGCUCUGCCCCCCGCCGCUGCCUGCGCUCAGGGCUGCACCCCCUGGCCUCCGCAUCGUUGGAAUAAAAGGCUGGAGCUGU